AGAUAAAUCUGAUGCGGUAUUUGAUAUUACAGAGAAAUGUGGUGAAAUUCUGGAUGCAGAAAUGUCUGAGGACACUGACCACAACUUAACACCUGCCCUCGACAGCAUAUCUUACGGAAUACAGAAUCGAACAGGAUCUGAAAACUCACUGCUGGAUGAUGAUGAUGAUGAUUAUUUUCUGAACUCUGGGGAUCUUGCAGGCAUACCUGUUGUUGGGAGUGACAACGAAGAUGAUCAAACUUUCACCACUCUUUCUUCAGCGAUUCAUGAUGAAGACCAUCUGGAAGAGGGCAAGAGAGUUACAGAACAUGAAUUGGACAGUGAAAAAGAAAUUCAGAUUCAGAAUGCAAUCCAAAAGGAUCUCACUUCACCGUUUGAGCAGGGCCCUGUAUUUAAAUCAAUUCGAAAAGAUUUUAGCAUAACAAGAGAUAAUGGCAAAGAGACUUUUUCAGCAAAGGACAAGAAUAGAGAAGGACAUUUUCAAGAACGUGAAAAACGGUUGGAAAAAAUCCCUAAAGAUAUGGAUUCUAGAUUGAAAAGCAGUUUUCUUGACAAAGCAGUUCAUAAUCAAGUAGAAGAAACAUUACGGACGCAGUUAGCGCCACAAACUCCAGAAACUAACUUCAGGGAGUCUAGCUACCUAUUUUCUAGUAAGGAAUCUAUUGGACAAGAGCUGGGGAAUUCCUUUGCACCAAAUAUUAGAAUUAAGGAGGAGCCUUUGGAUGACGAAUAUGAUAAAGCUAUGGCCCCACAGCAGGGACUAUUAGACAAAAUUAAAGAUGAACCUGAUAAUUCCGAGGAGUACGGCCAACAGCCAAAAACUCAGGAAGGGGAGCUGAAAAUCAGUGCUGUAUUUUCAGUCAGUGGCAGUCCUCUUGCUCCACAGCUGUCAUCAGGUUUCCAGCCUGCUGUGGCAUCCUCUGGCAUGAAUAAAAUGCUUCCUUCAGUUCCAACCACAGCUGUUCGGGUUUCCUGUUCUGGCUGUAAAAAAACCCUGCAGAAGGGGCAAACCGCAUACCAGAGGAAAGGCUCUACCCAGCUCUUCUGCUCCACACUGUGCCUCACUGGAUACACUGUUCCAGCUUCUCGCCCACCAGCUUCUACCAAGAAAACCUGCUCAAGCUGCUCAAAAGACAUUCUAAAUCCAAAGGAUGUAAUCACUGCCCAGUUUGACAAUACAAACUCCAGUAAGGAUUUCUGCAGCCAGUCAUGUCUUUCUACAUAUGAACUGAAAAGGAAACCUGUUGUUACUAUUCAUACUAACAGCAUUUCAACCAAGUGCAGCAUGUGCCAGAAGAAUGCAGUGAUUAGACACGAAGUGAAUUACCAGAACGUUGUACACAAGCUCUGCAGCGAUGCCUGCUUCUCCAAGUUCCGCUCAGCUAACAACUUGACCAUGAACUGCUGUGAGAAUUGCGGAGGAUACUGCUACAGUGGCUCUGGCCAAUGUCACGUGCUUCAAAUAGAGGGACAGUCAAAAAAGUUCUGCAGUUCAACAUGUGUGACAGCAUACAAGCAGAAGUCAGCUAAAAUUACACCUUGUACACUGUGUAAAUCUUUGAGAUCUUCAGCCGAGAUGAUAGAGAGCACAAAUAACUUGGGAAAAACUGAACUGUUUUGCUCUGUUAACUGCUUGUCAGCGUAUAGAGUGAAAAUGGUUACUUCUGCAGGUGUUCAAGUUCAGUGCAACAGCUGCAAAACUUCAGCAAACCCUCAGUAUCACUUGGCUAUGUCAGAUGGGAGCAUACGCAAUUUUUGCAGCUACAGUUGUGUGGUAGCUUUUCAGAAUUUGUUCAACAAGCCUGCAGGAAUGAACUCCUCAGUGGUACCUCUGUCGCAAGGUCAAGUCAUUGUAAGCAUUCCCUCGGGGGCAACAGUAUCGGCAGGUGGCACCACCUCGACCGUGUCCCCCAGCUCCAUGAGCAGUUCAGCUGCAGCUGGUCUACAGAGGCUGGCUGCCCAGUCCCAGCAAGUCACUUUUGCCCGCCCUGUUGUAAAACUCAGGUGUCAGCACUGUAACAGAUUGUUUGCAACCAAACCAGAACUGCUUGACUACAAGGGUAAAAUGUUCCAGUUUUGUGGGAAGACCUGCUGUGAUGAAUAUAAGAAGAGGAGUAGUGUAAUGGCAAUGUGUGAAUACUGCAAAAUUGAGAAAAUUAUCAAGGAGACAGUGCGAUUCUCAGGCAUAGAUAAGCCAUUCUGUAGUGAAGGUUGUAAACUGCUCUAUAAACAUGACUUGGCUAAGCGCUGGGGAAACCACUGUAAAAUGUGCAGUUACUGUUUACAGGCUUCCCCCAAACUGGUCCAGAAUCACUUUGGGGGGAAAAUGGAGGAGUUUUGCUCAGAGGAGUGCAUGUCUAAAUUCACAGUUUUGUUUUACCAGAUGGCAAAGUGUGAUGGUUGUAAGAGACAAGGUAAACUCAGUGAGUCCAUGAAAUGGCACGGGGAGAUCAAGCAUUUUUGCAAUCUGCUUUGUAUUCUGUUGUUCUGUAAUCAGCAAAGUGUUUCUGACCCUCCACCCCCAAACAACACAGCAAACCUUUCUAUGGCACCAGCUUCCUCAUCAGGCCCUCCUUCUUUGAGAAAGGACUCAACCCCUGUUAUAGCAAAUGUGGUGUCCCUUGCAAGCACCCCUGCUGCCCAGCCUACGGUUAACUCCAACAAUGUUUUACAGGGUGCAGUCCCUACUGUGACAGCAAAAAUAAUAGGAGAUGCUAGUACUCAGACAGAUGCCCUAAAGCUGCCACCAUCACAACCACCCAGGCUUCUGAAAAACAAAGCGUUAUUGUGCAAGCCAAUCACACAGACGAAGGCCACCUCAUGCAAACCUCACACACAAAACAAAGAAUGCCAGACAGAAGAAGAAGAAGUUGUUCAACCCCAAAUCAUUGUGGUACCUGUUCCUGUACCAGUGUUUGUGCCAGUACCCCUUCACCUGUACACUCAGUACACGCCAGUUCCGCUUGGGAUGCCAGUACCUGUACCAGUUCCCAUGCUCUUCCCAACUACCCUGGAUAAUGCUGAUAAAAUCAUUGAAACUAUUCAGGAUAUCAAGGAAAAGAUUCCCACAAAUCCAUUUGAAGCUGAUCUCCUUCAGAUGGCAGAAAUGAUUGCAGAAGAUGAGGAGAAAGAAAAAACACACUCUCAUGGUGGAUCUCAAACAUCUGAGCAUGAGCUCUUCCUGGACCCUAAGAUAUUUGAGAAAGACCAAGGUAGCACUUAUAGUGGAGAUCUAGAAUCCGAAGCAGUGUCCACUCCACACAGCUGGGAGGAUGAGUUAAAUCACUACGCCUUACGAUCAAAUGCCCUGCCAGAACCAGAUCCAGAACUGAAGCAGUUCUCCAAAGGUGAUGUGGAACAGGACCUGGAGGCAGAUUUUCCAUCAGACUCAUUUGACCCUCUCAGUAAAGGACUGGGUUUGCAUUCACGUUCACGAGCAAGACGGAGACAUAGAGAUGGCUUCCCACAGCCAAAAAGACGGGGACGGAAGAAGUCUGUAGUUUCUGUAGAGCCCCGGAAUCUGGUGCAGGGCUCCUACCCAGGAUGCUCUGUUUCUGGGAUGACCCUAAAGUAUAUGUACGGGGUAAACGCCUGGAAAAACUGGGUCCAAUGGAAAAACGCACAGGAGGAACAAGGGGACCUGAAGUUUUCAGUUCGUCCUGUGAAACUCAAGGAGGACAUUCUCUCAUGCACUUUUGCUGAGCUGAGUUUUGGCUUGUGCCAGUUUAUUCAAGAGGUGCGGAGACCAAAUGGAGAAAAAUAUGAUCCUGACAGCAUCUUAUACUUGUGCCUUGGAAUUCAGCAGUACCUGUUUGAGAAUGGUAGAAUAGAUAACAUUUUUACCGAGCCCUAUUCCAGGUUUAUGAUUGAACUUACAAAACUUUUGAAAAUCUGGGAACCUACAAUUCUUCCAAAUGGUUAUAUGUUCUCAAGAAUUGAAGAGGAACACUUGUGGGAAUGUAAACAGCUGGGUGCAUAUUCCCCUAUUGUUUUACUGAACACACUUCUGUUCUUCAAUACCAAAUACUUCCAACUAAAGAAUGUCAGUGAGCACCUGAAACUAUCCUUUGCCCAUGUUAUGAGACGCACCCGAACUCUGAAGUAUAAUACUAAGAUGACAUAUUUACGUUUUUUCCCACCCUUUCAAAAACAAGAGGUAGAAUCAGAUAAAUUAUCUGUAGGCAAAAGGAAACGCAGUGAAGAUGAGGAGAUUCCAACAGCAGUGGAAAUGGCUGAAAAUACGGAUAAUCCCCUGCGAUGUCCAGUCCGUCUUUAUGAAUUUUACUUAUCAAAAUGUUCUGAAAGCGUGAAGCAGAGAAGUGAUGUAUUUUACCUUCAACCUGAGCGCUCCUGUGUACCCAAUAGCCCCAUGUGGUAUUCCACAUUGCCAAUAGACCCAGGAACCUUGGACAUCAUGUUAACACGUAUUCUUAUGGUGAGGGAGGUACACGAAGAACUUGCCAAAGUCAAAUCAGAGGACUCUGAUAUUGAGUUAUCAGACUAACUGAAGUGGGGUAUUUUCCUUUGAAUACACAUCGAAGCACCAAACUGUGAAUACGUCCAGCCUUUGGAAAAUGUGUAUCAAAUAAGCCAAGAUAAUGUCACCUACAGGCGUAUUUUGAACCACAGUGGAUGUACAAACUGGAACUGGAAGGAAGCAAGCUGUGUAAGCUGCAAGAAACAACGUCCUUGGCACAGAUAAAUCCUCUGAACAAAUUCAAGAUGAACUAACCUGUUUGAGCGGUGCAUAAAUCCUUUAUCUGUUUAGGAUUU